GUCACCCCCUCGUCUUCCGUACUACGCAGAUGCGCAAUCACCCUGCAAAGGCAGCGACAGAGCUAAUAAUAAAUUACCAUACAAAAGAGAAAAGAAGUGAACAAGGCCAAGGCUCCAUUACUUUGCUUAACGAGGGAGAGAAAGAAAAAAGAAGAUUCCCACAGCAAGACUUUGAGUUAUCCUUGUUGCCGUUGAUCUCUCUGUGAUGGAGACCAACAAGGAUGAAGCAGAGAAAGCAAUGGCGGAAGCCGAAGAGCUCUUCAAAGCAAACGACCUACGUGGUGCGAAUCGCCUAGCUUCGAAGGCCGAAACCCUUUUCCCGUCUCACCCUCAAAUCCCUCGUCUCCUCGCUGCUCUUCGCGUGCACAUAGCCGCUGCCUCUAAGCCAUCAGCCCCUACAGUAGCUUACUGGUGUGGCAUUCUCGGGUCGGACCCUAACGAUGAUAUCCGAUCCAUUAAGCAACAGUUCAAGAAGAUGUGUUUGCUAACUCACCCUGAUAAGAACUCCUCGGCCGCUGCUGAGGGCGCGUUCAAGCUCGUCACUGACGCUUGGAACUACUUGUCAAAAUAUGUUUCCAGCGAAGCUUCAGGUUCCGAUAAGGGUUCGAAGGCUAAUUCUGAUACUUCUUCGAAUCAAGAUGCCAAUCACAGUGGUGCUCAGGAUUCUGAUUCAGGUUCUGGUUCUGGCUCUGGCUUUUAUACCUCUUCGGACAAAUCUAAUAAGCACAAUUCUUAUAAUAGCCACAACAGCAGUCAUAGUAGUUCUUCCAAUGCUAAUGACCAGGGUGCCAAGACUAACUUUGGUUCUGGUACUUCUUCAAAUCGAUCCGAGGAACAAACUUCUAGUGGUAAUCAAAAUGGCAAUCACAGUGGUGCCCGGGAUUCUAGUUCUAGUUCUGGUUUUGGAUCUGGUUCUUACACUUCUUCGGACAAAUCUAACAAGCACUAUUCAUAUGAUAACUACACUAGCAAUCAAAACAGCCAACAAAGUUCUUAUGAUACUGGUUCUGGUUUUCAUACUUAUUCGGAGAAAUAUGAUAACAAAAAUUCAGACGAUAAACACAAUAGCAGUGGCAACGGUGGUGAGGAUACUAAGACCGAUUUCGGUUCUGAUACGUCUUCAAAUCAGUCUCAUGAACAAACUUCCUAUGAGUAUGACAGUAGCAAUCAGAGUGGUUUUGGUUUUAGGACGGAUUCUACACAAUCUUUUACUGCUGUCUUUGGUUCCGCAAUCAAGAUUGAGAUAGACUUGAAGAAGCAGGAAACGGAGCUAGUAAGAAAAAUGUUCUCAUGGUCGCUCGAAGAUGUCUUUAAUAAAUAUCUCUUUAGGGAGAAGGUGAAAAAUAUUCCAGAAACAUUUUCGUCUUUGGAGCAAUACUUAAGUUCCUAUACAUAUCCACUGCUUGAAGAAACUCGUGCCGACCUAUGUUCAUCUUUGGAAGUCUUAUCUCAAGCUCCUUUUAUCAGAAUACAUUCUCUUCAAGAAGUUACAUCACUUAAAAUGACAUACUUUAUUGAGCUUGGAAACAGAGAAAACUCAGUUGGAAAGGAAUCAUACACUCCAAUGGUAGCUGAUAUAUUUGUGUUAUCUGAACUGAGACCAAGACGUGUAUCUGAUCUUACUAGAGAUGGGAGACCGUAUACACUUGCUUUGGUUGUCAAAGGUGGAGGUAGUGAAGGGCCAACAGCGAAAAGGUUCGUUAUCAAAACAUCGCAGGAAGUUCCAGUUUAUAGUAGAGAGGAGGAGCCGAGAAAGUCACUAUUUGCAAUUUACUUGUCAUCUGUGAACUCGUACAAUCGUAUUUGGAAAUCGCUGGAUUUCGAUAUGGUACGGAAUAAAAAUGCUAGUAUUAUCAAAAUGGUCUGGGAGUAUAACCCUUUGGAUGCAGAUGAAUGUUCAUCAUCAUCAGGUGCCACCUUUAGUGAUUUAAAUGUAAGACUUGGUUUAUACAGGUUCAAGCUCAAUGAUUCACAACUGAAUGCUGUAUUGGAUUGUCUCUCUGAAAGUGAUCAACAUGGGAAAAAUUCUAUUAAACUUAUAAGGGGCCCUCCUGGAACUGGUAAAACCAAAACAAUCAGUUCUCUGUUAUGGGCUUUCCUAACAAAGAAAUGCAGAACCCUUUCAUGUGCACCAACAAAUACUGCCAUUAAGGAGGCAGCUUUGAGACUACUUAGAUUAGUGAAAGAAUCAUCAAGUAGCAAGAAUUGCUCUUUGGGGGAUAUUGUUUUAUUUGGAAACAAGAGCAGGAUGAAGAUCAAUGAUGAUCACAGUGAAAUAUUUCUAGAUGAUCGUGUUAGCAGACUUUCAAAGUGUUUUUCACAUUUAACUGGCUGGAGCUAUUGCUUGAUCUCGAUGAUGAAUUUUCUUGAGAAUGCUAUUUCUCACUAUGAAAAGUAUUUGGAAGAAGUAGACAAGCAAGAGAAGGAGAAGAAAGAAAAUGAGAAGAAAGAGAAGGAGAAGAAAGAAAAGGAGAAGAAAGAAAAGGAAUCUAUAGUAAGAUUGACGCUUAAGGAGUUCAUACUAAAGCGGUUCUUUACUCUUGCGCAAGGCUUGAGUUUUUGCAUGAGAACACUGUCUAUGGAUCUACCGAGAUCUUCUACUUCCGAGAAAAACUUCAGUGACAUGAAUCUUCUACUCGAGGGUAUAGAUAUCACUGGGACCUUGUUGAGAUCAACAGAUAUUACAGACAAAAUGCUUGAUGAAGUAUUUAAAAUGUCGAUAGAAGAAGAGGAUUGCAACAUAUAUGAGUUGCAUCACAUAAAUGAGGGUACAGCUACAAAAACUAAGUUAAGGAGAACCAGAAGUAUAUGCAUUCAAAUUCUAAGGACCCUUGAUAGUAAUCUUCAUCUCCCCAAUACAUUUGACAGACAGUCGAUUCAAAAUUUCUGUUUGAGUGGGGCAAUCAUUAUUUUCUGCACAUCUUCUAGUUCAUUUCGAUUACAUAAUGUGGAGAUGGAAAAACCUUUGGAAUGUUUGGUGGUUGAUGAGGCUGCACAAUUAAAGGAAUGUGAGUGUUUAAUCCCCUUACAGCUCUCUCGGAUUCAACAUGCCAUUUUCAUCGGCGAUGAGUGCCAACUUCCGGCGAUGGUUAAAAGUCAGGCUUCUGAAAAUGCUGCCUUUGGAAGAAGUCUUUUUGAGAGACUGAGCUCACUGGGACACAAGAAACACCUCCUUGAUGUUCAAUACAGGAUGCAUCCUUCUAUCAGUAGAUUUCCCAGCUCAAAUUUCUACAAUGAUAAAGUCUCAGAUGGUCCUAACGUUAAAUGUGAUAGCUAUCGGCAGUGUUAUUUACCUGGACCAAUGUAUGGUCCCUAUUCAUUUAUAAACAUUGCAAUAGGAAAGGAAGAAACUGAUACUAAUGGGCGUAGUCUCAAGAAUAUGAUCGAGGUUGCUGUCGUCUUGCAAAUUCUCAAGAACCUAUAUAAAUCAACUUCCACCAGGGGAAAACAACUUAGCAUCGGUAUCAUAUCACCAUACACAGCUCAAAUAUGUGCAAUUCAAGAGAAGCUUAAGAACAUGUAUUUUUCGUCUAGUGAAUUCUCUGUGAAAGUUCAGUCUAUUGAUGGAUUUCAAGGUGGAGAAGAGGAUAUUGUAAUUAUUUCUACAGUGAGAUACAACAAAGGUGGACGCGUAGGCUUCCUUUCUAACCUCCAAAGAACAAAUGUGGCUUUGACAAGGGCAAAGCAUUGCUUGUGGGUUUUAGGCAACGAGACAACCUUGAUUAGAAGCAGAUCAGUUUGGGAAAAAAUAGUACGAGAUGCAAAGAGUAGGGGUUGUUAUUAUAAUGCCAGAGACGACAAGAGCCUGGAUGAGGCCAUCAUCGAGGCUGCUGUUGAUCUUGAUGAACUGGAGGAUUUGCUGAAUAUGGGUAAAGCAAGUUGGAAGAAAUCUGAUAGAUCAUCAAGCUCAAAUUCACAGUCUGGUUUCGGCAGAGGAAGGAAUUUGUUCAUUUUAGAAAUCUGA